AGUCUUCCUGAUCCCCAUGCCCACCAUCCAAUCCCACACAUACAUAUUUGUACACAGAAAUCUCUCUCAACCAAGCUUAACCAGUAGAUCGAUCAUCUGAUCAGAAAGAAUGGGAUCGGAAGCUCUAGUUCAUGUUCUUCUGAUUUCUUUCCCAGGCCAAGGCCAUGUCAACCCUCUUCUAAGACUUGGAAAGCGCCUGGCUUCAAAGGGUUUGCUUGUCACCUUCUCCACCCCGGAAAGCAUCGGCAAACAGAUGAGGAAAGCCAGCAACAUCACCGACGAGCCUGCCCCAGUUGGUGAGGGCUUCAUCCGGUUCGAAUUCUUCGAAGACGGCUGGGAUGAGAACGAGACAAGGCGCCAAGACUUGGACCAGUACUUGCCGCAACUCGAGCUCGUCGGCAAAGAGGUAUUCCCUGAGAUGAUCAGGAGAAACGCAGAGCAGGGACGCCCCAUCUCUUGCCUGAUCAACAAUCCUUUUAUUCCUUGGGUUUCUGACGUGGCUGAGAGUCUUGGCCUCCCUUCCGCCAUGCUUUGGGUCCAAUCUUGCGCUUGCUUCUCCUCGUACUACCACUACUGCCAUGGCCUGGUUCCUUUCCCUUCUGAAGCAGAACCCUUUAUUGAUGUUCAAUUGCCAUGUAUGCCGCUUUUGAAGUACGAUGAAGUUCCUAGCUUCUUGUACCCCACCACCCCCUACCCAUUCCUGAGGAGGGCCAUUCUCGGACAAUACAGGAACUUGGACAAACCUUUCUGCAUAUUGAUGGACACGUUUCAGGAACUCGAGCAUGAUGUGAUCGAGUAUGUGUCCAAGCUCUGCCCAAUCAAAACCGUCGGGCCUCUCUUCAAGAACCCCAAGGCACAGAACACAACCGUGCGCGGCGACUUCAUGAAGGCCGACGACUGCAUGGAGUGGCUGGACUCAAAGCCACCGCAGUCUGUCGUGUACAUCUCCUUCGGCAGCGUGGUCUACUUGACACAACCGCAAGUGGACGAGAUCGCUCACGGGCUCUUGAACUCCGGGGUUUCGUUCUUGUGGGUGAUGAAGCCACCUCACAAGGAUUCGGGCUACGAACUGCUCGUUCUCCCGGACGGAUUCUUGGAGAAAGCUGGCGACAAAGGCAGAGUGGUUCACUGGAGUCCACAAGAGCAAGUUCUGGCUCACCCCUCUGUCGCAUGCUUUGUGACGCAUUGCGGAUGGAACUCAACCAUGGAGUCACUCACCUCCGGGAUGCCGGUGGUGGCGUUCCCGCAAUGGGGCGACCAAGUCACCGACGCAGUGUACUUGGUGGAUGUGUUCAAGACUGGCUUGAGAAUGUGUCGUGGUGAGGCUGAGAACAGGGUGAUCACUAGGGACGAGAUCGAGAAGUGCUUGGUGGAGGCCACGGUUGGGCCCAAGGCUGUGGAGAUGAAGCAGAACGCCUUGAAGUGGAAGGCUGCGGCGGAAGAUGCGGUGGCGGAGGGUGGCUCGUCCGACCGGAACAUCCAAGCCUUUGUAGAUGAGGUGAGGAAGAGAAGCAUUGCUCUCACUAGUAAGUCAGCGGCUAGCGUCAUUAAUGGUGUUGAAGAUUUGGCCAACAAAACAGUCGCCAAUGGGCUUGCAGAAUUGGUUGAGUCGAAGGCAAAUGGGAAAGUGGAGUUAGUUGGGUCGUCCUAAAUCUCGGGUGCUUAUUGGUUAGGGUUUAAAUAAAGGAAAAUGAUAAAAAUACUCACGGUGCACAACAAGUGUACAACAUCAAGAUACAAUGAAGUGGAAUCUACACAUUGGGCCCUACUUUAUUGUGUCUUGCUGUUGUGCACCUGUUGUACACGGUAAGUACAAGAAUCAUUCUCCAAACAGAAAUAUGAAGAUCGGCAGUACGUGUUAGGUAAGGAUUGGACGGUGGACCGAAUUUUGCAUGCAAUAACUGGGAUACCUUAUAUUGGGUAUUCGUAAGUUUUCUUUUCUUUUUCUUUGCUACAUAAUUAGGCGUCCGUGGUUUGGACGCAAUGUUUAUUUUGCUUUUUUGUUGAGUUUGUUUGAUAUAUAUAAAUUAUGUAACUUCUGUUCUAA